AUGCGGAGAGCUGUAUUAAUAUUCAUCACCAUCAACGUUAUACUAGUGACCUUUUUGGUUCAUUCCGUCUUCACACUCCUCACGCUCCUUGUCGAAGAUGGCGCCGCCGAUGCGAUUCACUCUGCAGAGAUCCCCGCCCCGAACUCGCCCCUGAUAGACAAACGGCCGCAACUGAUACCUAAAAUAAUACAUCAGACUUAUGUGAACGAAAGUGUUCCGGACCAUUGGCUCGAGGCACAGAAAAGUUGCUUGGAUCUACACGAAGACUACGAAUACAAGCUAUGGACCGAUGCCAAGUCCCGCGAAUUGAUCGCAACUGAAUAUCCUUGGUUCCUCUCCACCUUUGACGAUUACCACCAGCCGAUUCAGAGGGCAGAUGCCAUAAGAUACUUUGUCCUUGCACAUUACGGCGGGAUCUACAUUGAUCUUGAUGAUGGCUGUAAUCGUCGUCUCGACCCUCUUCUCUCGUAUCCUUCCUGGGUCCGCCGUACCAAGCCGACGGGCAUCUCCAAUGACGCUAUGGGUAGCGUACCCCAUCAUCCCUUCUUCACACUUGUCAUCGAGUCGUUGAUACCGUACAACCGAAAUUGGAAGUUCCCCUACAUUACGGUGAUGUAUUCAACCGGACCACUCUUCUUAUCCGUCAUAUGGCAGGAGUACAAGAAGGGUAGGGGCAGGAAUGUGGCCGAGCUUGGCACCCAAGUAGGCAAUGCCAUUGGUAGUGGAGCAGACGUAGCCAAAGGUCUCAGAAGAUGGGAUGGAAGUGAAGCAGGAAGAGUCAGGGUUCUCAUGGGGGAUGAGUACAAUCAGAAGCCGUGGGCUUUCUUCAAGUGGCACGGAGGUAGCUCAUGGCAUGGCAAGGACGCGCGGCUGAUUUUCUGGAUGGGAAGACACUGGAUGCUUCUGACAGCUACUGGAUUUCUUAUAGCAGGCUUCGUAGGCUUGACAAUGUGGUGGAUAUACGGCCGCGUACUGCUGCUGGGCGAAAAGAGGAGGAAAGGCGGCUCCUAUUCCGGUGUUGAUGUGCUACUCAGCCGCACAGUACAUCGGAUACCCUACUUCAGGCUCAGGGGGGGAAGAAAGAUCGGUACGAGCUGUUGGAAGACCGGCUUUCGGCGUGAGGGAGAUGUACUCUUGCUUGAUGUGGUUAUCAAGUAG